AAAAAAAAAAAAAGAACACUAUAUAAUUUGAUCAUCCUAAAGCAAAAAGAAAAAAAAAUAGAAAACUAGAAACAAUGGUACUCCAAAAAAGUCUACCAAUGACUGCAGGAGAUUCAGAAUGCAGUUAUGCCAAUAACUCAAUCCUUCAGAGAACGGUGAUAGUAAAGGCAAAACCUGUAUUAGAAGACACUAUAAAAAAUAUGUUCAAGAAUGGUAUUUUUCCAAAGUGUUUCACCGUGGCAGAUUUGGGUUGUUCUUCAGGACCAAAUACUCUUUUAUCCAUCAGCAAUGUCAUUGACACGGUUCAUAAUUUGUGCAAAGAAAACAAGUGUGAACCACCAGAACUUCAAGUGUAUUUGAACGAUCUGCCAGAUAAUGAUUUCAAUAGUGUCUUCAAAUCAAUUCCAUCAUUUAUUGAGAAAAUGAAAAAAGAGAAAUAUGGGAAUUGUUUCAUAGCAGGAGUUCCUGGUUCUUUUUAUGAAAGGCUUUUUCCUCUCAACAGCUUGAACUUUGUUCAUUCAUCUUAUAGUCUCCAUUGGCUUUCUCAGGUUCCAAAAGGGUUGGAGUGUAACAAGGGAAGUAUAUUGAUAUCCAAAUCAAGUCCACCACAAGUACUGGAGGCAUAUUUCAAGCAAUACGAGAAGGAUUUUUCAAGCUUUCUACACAACCGCUCUCAAGAACUAAUGAGUGGAGGGCAUAUUGUCCUUGUGUUCGUUGGCAGAAGCAAUCCAGAUCCAAGAAGCUACGAUUGUUGCUGUUUGAUGGAUUUGCUAACAAAGUCACUUCUUCAUUUAGCAGCCGAGGGCAAGAUCAAGGAGGAUGAGAUUGAUUCAUUUAACAUGCCUUCUUAUACACCAUACGAAGAAGAGAUAAAGAAGAUCAUACAAAUAGAAGGAUCAUUUACUCUUCAAAGACUUGAAGCAUUUGAGAGUGAUAUGGCUGCCAUUGAGAAACCAAAUGCCAAACAUUUUGAGGAUAGUGCCAAGUUAGUAGUUAAGACUAUUAGAGCUGUUACUGAGGUUAUGUUGGCUUCUCAUUUUGGAAACUCCAUAAUUGAUCAUCUAUUCGAUAUAUAUAUAAAGAAUGUCAUAGAAUAUCUAUCGAUGGGCAACACGAUAAAGUUCUUUAACAUUAGUCUAUGCUUGCAAAAAAAAUAAUUAUUCAGAGGCAUGCCUGGUAGCAAGUACUCAGAGAAAUGGCUAAAAGAGCGUGCUAGAACACCACACGUUUAUACAAAUAAAAUUUGAUUACUGCAUCCCUUGGAGGUAAUCAUAGUGGAUUAGAAAAGAUUAAUUAACAGGUUAGUUUUGGGAUACAACACUGCCAUCCAUGGCUAGGGCAUUGGAGAAUUUUAUCUGAAGAACUUCUCCAAAUAGUGAAGAUGAAGAACUUUUCCGAAUAGUGGAAAUUCUUUUAACGUAGAUCAUUGCAAAAGUUAGUCUUUGCUUUUUGUACAACAUCAAUUUGUAGAUAAAAGAGAAAUAAGUUAAACGACAUGUAGCUUUCUAUAUAUGCGUGUACGAGAUAUGGUUUAAUUCAAGGGCAACAUCAAUC